UCAUGUGGGAGAAGAUUAAGAAAUGAUAAAAAAAAGAGAGUCUACAACAGCUUUUCUGCUGAAGGUAACAACAGAAGGAGAACACAAGGGAAAGAGUAUAUUUAAAGGUAAGAGAAGAGAAUCUGGCCAGUGAUUUGCAGCGAUGGUGAACAAUAAGACAGUGAUGGUGGUCGUUCUCCUAAGCAUCUUUGUGGCAGGAAAUCAAACAAAAGGAUAUCAAGACACUGCAUCUCGACAGAAUAAAGACGCGAUUAAACAGCUGACAGAUUUCAAAGAGCAGACCUUUAUUCCAGGCAGCAGUGUGACUUUACAGUGUGGUAAUGUCACUGAUAUCAAGUGGAAUGAACUUAUUUAUAUUGUGUGGAACAUCAGCCUGCAAGGAAGAAAAUGUUGGCUUGGUUUGGCACCCGAGCUGGACGACACAUGUAAAGAUGGAAAGAGGCUGUUAAACACCUCAGAUGGAGUUUAUUUAGUCAUUCCCAAGAUUUCAAGAGAAGAUGAAGGAUUUUAUUCUUGUGAUCUUUCAUAUAUAGCAGGAAGCUAUGCUGUAAAUGUGUCUGUGAGCGUUCCCCAACUUUCCACCCAGCUGGACAGUGACAUCAAUCAAAGGAUUGCUGUCUGUCGGGCCAACUACACACAAAAGACAGCACCCACUCUUCACUGGGAACCUGCCCUGAACUUUUCCUCCAAUGUCAGCUCUGUCGAGAAGCAUGGCAGGUUUUUUACUGUGGAGAGUCGAGUAUAUCUGCUGGACAAUGUCACCAUCAGUGAGCUCAGCUGUGUGGCCACAUACUCCUCCGAGUCCGGCUCGGUUCAGCACAAGAGCACACUUCAUCUUAAUCAAAGAAUAACUUUUUGUCUCAGAAUGAAGUAAGAAACUCCCCCAAAGAGGUGAAGAAAUACAGAGGAUAAUCAGGAUGUGGACAACAAAAACGGCAUGAUAAGAAAGUGAAUCGAAGGAGUGUGUUUACCUGAGAACUGCUGACAUUUUAACAGAGCAUCUGAAGAAUUACAGCAACAGAGGGCAUUAAAAGGUUUCCUUUUUGCUUUCUUUUUUCCCCUCUUAAUUGAAGAUGCAAUUAAAAAAUUUAAUUUGGCCUCUGAGUCAACAAAAAAUAGUUUCAACAUUUUGCUUGUGCUAUCUUACUUUUGUAUAAAUGCAGCUUGGGUUGAUAUUUUGUCAAUGCAGUGACCUUUGUAAAGCUUUAAGUGUGACUUAAGUGUCCAAAGGCCUUUUAGCAGUUUAACUGAGAUGCAUGA